AUGUCUUCCUCAUCCACCUCAGUCACCGAGGUUGAACCUCACCCCUCCAACCCUCAAUCUUCGAAGCGCUUAUACAAUGCCGGCACACUCGGCACGAUCCGGCAACUCGUGGGCGUAGCAGCGCUAUGCUGCGCCAUGCUCCUCACCCAAUCUGCGCUCGGACAGACCGUCGUCCCGAUCCGUGACAUUGCUCGCACCUUCAAUGUCCUCUCCUCGGACGCGCAACAAUCUUGGUUCGCUGCUUCCUUCUCACUUACUGUCGGCACUUUUGUCCUUCCCGCUGGUCGAGUGGGCGAUGUUGUGGGUCACAAACCUAUCGUCGUGCUUGGCUAUCUCAUUCUAACUCUUUUUUCGCUCCUUGCUGGCCUGUCACACUACACGGGAUCGUACAUCUUCUUUGAUGUCUGCAGAGCGAUGCAGGGUAUCGGUUGUGCGGUGUUGCUGCCCAACUCAUUGGCAAUCUUGGGAAGGGUCUUCGCACCAGGGACCUAUGCGAAACACCUCAGCUUCAGCUUCUUCGCAGCUACAGCGCCGAAUGGAUUCUUGGUAGGAGCAUUGUUCUCGACCUUGAUGAGUAUGAAUAGGAGAAUGGGCUGGUGGUGGGGAUUCUACGUCAUGGCCAUUGCUGCGGCGCUUCUAGCUGGGUUGUGUCUUUGGGUGCUGCCCAGUGAAGAGGAGAUGAAAGCUGUUAGCGCUUUGUGGAAGCUUGACAACAAGGAGCAGCAAGGGGAAGUUGCAGCGACUAAUGAAGCCGCUUCAGUAGGAGGCAAGAAGGAUGCACUUUGGAAGCGGCUCGACCUGUUCGGGACGAUCACAGGCGUUGUUGGCCUGGUCCUCUUCAACUUUGCCUUCAACCAAGCACUUGUUGUCGGCUGGGAGACCGUCUACGUCUACGUGCUGCUCAUCGUCGGCGUCAUCUUCAUCGCGAUCUUCAUAUGGGGCCAAGGCAAGGCACUUUACCCUCUCCUUCCUACGAGCGUAUUCCACCUUUCCGGCUGCCUCAUCCUCCUCUCCCUCGCAUUUGGGUGGGCUAGUUUCGGUAUAUGGGUCUUCUACCUCAACUUGUUUGAGCAAAACAUCCGCAAGUACACCCCCAUCUUCACCCUCCUCACCUUUGUGCCCGCCGGAGUAGCAGGCAUCAUCGCAGCCUUCUCCUCGGCCCAAAUCCUGGGUCGAACCUCGCCGCCUUUCGUUAUGCUCCUCUCGCUCCUCGCGUUUUGCAUCGGCAUCUCUAUCGCCGGAAACGCUCCCGUCCGCACCGAAGCUCUACCUUACAUCAGUAGUGCAAUCAUGCCUUUCGGCAUGGACAUGUCCUUUCCAGCCGCAAGCAUUAUUCUCAGUGAUUUCUUGCCGACGCAUCAACAGGGAGCGGCCAGUAGUAUCGUCAAUACGGUGGUCAAUUACUCGGUUGCAUUAGGGUUAGGGUUUGCGGGAGUGGUGGAAACGCAUGUCAAUGAUGGCGGUAGGAACACGUUGAAGGGUUACAGAGGGGCUUUCUACAUGGGCAUGGGUUUUGCAGGUGCUGGUGUCGCGUUAGCGUUGACGAACUGGUUGAUGUACUUGCGGAAUGAGAAAAGGGAUGCGGACCAGAAGGGUCCGAGGGAGAGCGAGAAGGUUUGA